AUGGCAGAUAGUAUAGAUAAUAACGAAAAUCAAGCCUCCGUUACUCCGAGGCCUAGGUUAAAUACCGAAGGUCGUGGCUCUGACACGACAUCGCGACGAUCUUUUUAUAGUAACAAUGCAUCAACUGCUGCAUUAAAAAAACAACUACAAGAUCAAUUGAACGAAAAUGCUACUCAAAUGCAGGCGACUACUGACUUAGCUGCUGCUCUUGCAAAACAACAAUCAGAAUUAGAAAAUCAAAUAAAGGCAUUAGACAAGACUGAAGGUAAUGAAGUCCCUCAAGAACUAAAAAAUAAAUUGGCUGACCUUGAAAAGGAAGCUGGUGCUAUAUAUGAAAGUUCCGCAAAGGUUUUUCUGGGUUCAAAAAGUCAACCAGACAUUAGUUCAUAUGAUUCACCAAAUGCUUCAGCUCCAUCGACACCUGCUAUAGAAACACCAACUCCAACUAUGGGAAAAUCCUCCUCAAGGCGUGAUCGUAACGCUGCGAAAGGUCGUCAAAAAGAUAUAGAAUUUGCUACUGAAAUAGGUCAAGGUUUAUUACAAGAAGUUAGACGUCUACAAGCUUUAUUACAUGAAAAAGAGGAAAGAAUAAAAGAAUUAGAGGCUGAAAAAGCUGAAUUAGAACGUACUAUUGAACAACUUAAUAAAAACUUACGAGCAAAUCAAGAAUCUAAAGCGAAGCAAGAUCUUAGUGCUCAAUUAGAUGACUUACAUCAACAACUUACUAAAGCUCGUAGUGAUUAUACAAAGAUUGAAAAAGCUCUUUCAACCGCAACUGAUGUUAUAGAACAACUUAAAGAUAAAGAAGAAAAAUUAACUGCAAGUCUUGAGGAUUUAAAAACUCGACAUGAAAAAGAUAUGGCAAAUAAUCGAAGGCAUAUUGCCGCUCUUAAUAGAGAAAAAGCUGAUUUAUUAAAAAUUGUCGAUGAUUUAAAAACUCAAUUAGAUUCUUUUGUAAAUGCCUCAAAAAUUAAGAAAAAUACUAAGGAUACCAGUACCGGUUCAAAUAAUAUAUUAUAUGAUGAAGAUGGUCAAAUUAUUACUAAUGGUGAUACUGAUUCAAGCAUUCCUCAGGAUUCUAUUAAUAAAAAUUUAAAUACUCAAGAAACUAUGAAGGCUCUUGGUGUUGCAAACCGUAUGAUCGGUAGCCUUCGUGCUAAUCUCCAAAAGGAAAAGAGUGAAAAAUAUGAAUUAAAGAAUUUAUUAUCUGUUAGAGAAGAACAAAUUGAAAAUAUGCGUGCUGAACUUUAUGAUGUCUUACCUGAUCAAUCAAAACAAGGAAACCUUGAACCAGGUGACAGUUCCAUUAUCUCUGAAAAUUAUUUACUUUCUAAUGAUCUUGAUAAGAUAAAUAAAGACAAUCGUCCUUCGUCCGAAGUUAAAGCAGCACGAAGAGAUGAAGCCUUAAGAAAAUUAGAUAAUAAAUCUACAUCUCGAGAAAUAGUGAGUGAACCUGAAACUUUUGAUGAUAGUAGACCAAGUAAUUCCGAUUUAAGGUAUAAAGAUUCGGUUGUUCGUAGACGUGUUACUGAGUAUGAAGAUAUUAGUAAACAAACUGUUGACGAUGAAGGCAUUAUUCGUAGAAGCUCUCAAAGUUCAAAAGCUGGUGAACCUAGAUCUCCCUCUGAUGAAAAAAGAC